AUAACAUUACUUUCUUUCCUUAACAAACACUUCAACUCAUCAUGACAAAACAAUCCUACAUUUUUACUAUCUUUAAGUAAUUUUACCAUCAUCAUCUAAAAAUAAAUAAAUAAAUAAUUUCACCAUUAUCACAAUCGUUUCCCGUGUAUUUUGUAAUUUUAUCGACUAAUUCGAAAACUCAGAAACCCGAAACUAUGCAAGACAUCAAACAAGCCCAAAAAGCCCAUGUUCUCGUGGUACCAUACCCGGGCCAAGGCCACAUUAACCCAAUGCUUCAAUUCGCCAAACGUUUAGCUUCAAAAGGUAUUAAACCCACUUUAACACCAACUGUUUACAUGGUCAAAUCCAUGCAACUUUUUGACAUACCCACACAAACAGGGCCACCGAUCCAAAUCCGACCCAUUUCAGACGGGUUUGACGAUGGUGGUAAAAAUCAAGCCGGGUCCACUUCGACCUAUUUAGAUAGUCUCAAUAUCCACGGCCCAAAAACAUUGGCCCAACUUAUUAAGCAACUAGCUGAGGAUGGGGACCCCGUUAAGGCGGUUAUUUAUGAUGGGUUUUUACCGUGGGCUUUGGAUGUGGGUAAAAAAUUUGGGCUCAUUGGGGUGUGUUUUUUUACUCAAUCUUGUACAGUAAAUAGUGUAUAUUACCAUGUACAACGUGGGUUGAUCCAACUACCACUUUCGGGUCAGGAUACGGUAUCCAUACCCGGAGCUCCGAAGCUUCAGCAAAGUGACCUUCCCUCAUUUGUUGAAAAAUAUGGGUCGUACCCAUUUUGGUUUCGGGUAGUUAUAGAGCAGUUUUCUAAUAUUGAUCAAGCUGAUUGGGUGUUGUGCAAUAUUUUUUAUGAUAUGGAAAACGAGGUAGUUGAUUGGAUGUCAACAAUGUGGAAAAUAAGAACAAUAGGACCCACAACACCAUCACAUUACCUAGACAAAAGACUAAAAGAUGACAAAGACUACAAUCUCCAACUCUUCAAGCCAAACACAGAGUUAACCAAAAAAUGGUUAGACACCAAACCCACAAAUUCAGUAAUCUACAUAUCAUUUGGAAGUGCAGCCAUUCUAAGUGAGCAACAAUUCAAAGAACUAUCACAAGGUCUAAAAAACAGUAAAAGAAGCUUCUUAUGGGUAGUUAGAGAAUCAGAACAUUCUAAACUUCCAAAAGGGUUUCUAGAAGAAACUUCUAAUCAAGGUUUAGUUGUAAGUUGGGCCUCCCAACUUGAAAUUUUGGCCCACAAAGCUACAUGUUGUUUUGUGACUCAUUGUGGGUUUAAUUCUAUUCUUGAAGCAUUGAGUCUUGGUGUCGUGGUUGUGGGGUACCCACAAUAUACUGAUCAAGGGACUAAUGCUAAGUUUGUGGAGGAUGUUUGGGGAGUUGGGAUAAGGGCUAAGGUUGAUGAGGAAGGGGUUGUGAGAAGAGAAGAAGUGGAGGAGUUUAUAAGAGAAGUUAUGGAAGGAAAGAAAAGGGAUGAGAUGAUGAAGAAUGUGAGUAAAUGGAAGAAGUUAGCUAAAGAAGCUAUGGAGGAAGGUGGGAGUUCUUGUAAGAAUAUUGAUGAGUUUGUGACUUAUCUUGGUGGAUGUUAGUUAUAUAGUUUCCUCUUACUUUGUUCUUUUGAGUUUACUGUAAAUGUAAUUUUAGUCUGUUGUGCUGAUUUGGUGCUUAAUGUUGAGAUUUUCGGAGAUUGAUAUGAAUAAAGAAAAAGAUUAUGGUUAACGACGAUUGAAAUUGAUAUGUUGGUUCUUAUAGUUGCAUUGAAAUUAAGACUUUGAUGUUUUAGGAGAUUGAAAUGAAUUGCUACUUAAUGCUGAGAUUUUAGGAGAUUAAAAUGAAUGACAAAAAAAGAAUUCCGGUAAACGACGACUGAAAUUGAUCUAUUGGUUCUUGUACUUGCAUCGGAGUUAAGACUUUGAUAUUUUAGGAGUUUGAAAUGAUUUGAUAAUUAAUGUUAAGAUUUUAAGAGAUCGAAAUGAAUGAAGAAAAAAAUUAUGGUAAACAAAGACUGAAAUUGAUCUAUUAAUUUGUAUAGUUGCAUUGGGAUUAAGACUUUAACAUUAUUAUUAUUAUUGUGUUUUUAUUUACUGAAUUUGCUGUGUUUAUUUUGAGAUAUGACCCUAUAUUAUUUUUCUUGUCAUCAACAAUGUGUAUG